AUGCCUUUCGCUUUUGAAAUCUCCAACUCCUACGGCUUCGUCCUGGCCGCCGCCACCUCGGCCUUCUUCGUCAACGUCCUGCACAUGGCGCGCACCGGCAAGUUCCGCAAGGCCAGCGGCGUCACCUACCCCAACGCCUAUGCUUCUCACGAGCAGGCCUCCAAGGACCCCAACGCGUACAAGUUCAACUGCGCUCAACGCGCCCACAACAACUACACUGAGAACCUCCUCCCCGCCGUCGGCUCCCUCCUCAUCGCCGGCCUCAACUUCCCCGUUGCCGCUGCCGCCCUCGGCGCCAGCUGGUCCUUUGGCCGCGUGGUUUACCUGUACGGCUACACCAGCGAUGCUGGCCCCAAGGGCCGAACAUUCGGUGCCUAUUUCGCCGGCCUUGCGGAUAUUGCUCUCAAAUUCAUGGCUGCCUAUACCUCCUACCUGGUUAUUACAAGCAACUAA